CUUUACGGCCAGUACACAGAGCAGCUCCCCAAUCUGUCCCAGAAGGAAGCAGCUGUACUUCUAGGAGAAAAGAAGUCCCAAGACAAUGGCCAGGGUCCCCUGAAGCGGAGCAGCACUCAGGCUGAAUUGAAAAAGGAACACUACUCCAAAUGUCAUGCCUGUGCAAAAAGCUUCCAGAAAUAUCUGACCAAGAAGUUAGGAGAAGACUGGAUAUUCUUGAUCCUCCUGGGUCUCGUCAUGGCCCUGGUGAGCUGGGGGGUAGAUUAUGCCAGUGCCAAAAGUCUUCAAGCGUACAAGUGGAUGUACAGAGAGCUUCACCCAAGUAUCCCUAUGCAGUUCCUAGCGUGGGUCACCUAUCCCCUCAUCCUUAUCCUCUUUGCUGCCCUCUUCUGCCAGCUUGUCUCUCCGCAAGCUGUAGGCUCUGGCAUCCCCGAGUUGAAAACAAUCAUGCGGGGAGUGGUCCUCAAGGAGUACCUCACGCCUAAAGCUUUUCUGGCCAAAGUUGUAAGCCUGACGGCGGGCCUGGGGAGCGGGAUACCCGUUGGGAAAGAGGGCCCCUUUGUACACAUUGCUAGCAUCUGUGCUGCUGUCCUCAGCAAGUUCAUGUCCAUUUUUUGUGGUGUCUAUGAGCAGCCAUAUUAUUACACCGAUGUCCUGACGGUGGGAUGUGCUGUAGGGGUUGGCUGCUGUUUCGGGACACCGCUUGGAGGUGUUCUUUUUAGCAUUGAAGUAACUUCUACCUAUUUUGCUGUUCGGAACUACUGGCGUGGGUUCUUUGCAGCCACUUUCAGUGCCUUUGUUUUCCGGGUGUUUGCCGUCUGGAACAAAGACGCAGUCACCAUCACAGCCUUGUUCAGAACCAACUUUCGUAUGGAUUUUCCCUUUGACCUGCAGGAGCUGCCAGCUUUUGCUGUAAUAGG